UAUAAUAAAUGAUGUACAAUCAACAAUGUAGCUGCUGUGUUGACUCGUACAACGAACUGCUCGUCAUCAAUUUCAGAAAUUGGGUCUCUUUCUUCAUAACCCAGGAAUAUAGACUGAUGCUUCUAACUGUAACUCUAACACGGAACGAGGAGUAGCUGACGCUGCAAGAAGAACAGGAUCUACUGGUGAGGACGUAGAAGAGGAUAUUGUCACGGACUCUUCUUCUGAGAGCAUCAUAACUAUCUUCCAACAGAGCGUGAUGGGAUGACCAGGAGCACUAAUAUGGGCGCUCUUGCACUUGAGGAGAUGUGGUGGUCAGCACUUGUUGAGGUAUUGGCAGUCCUAGAGCACCUAGAUUACCACUAUGCUCGGGUCCGUGGUCCAUUGACACGCUUGAUACACAUGAUGCGGAUGCAAAUGCCGAACAUUUAACUCUUUAGCCCCAAUGAAGGUGCCUUAUACCUGUCCUCGAAGUUUCCUUUGACAUCGUUACUUGUUCGUCCAGCACUUGUGCGUUUGAUAUAAUUAUAAGCAGACGAGAGCUCGAUGUGAUUGUGAAGGAUUCCUAACCUAAAAUAGCAAACGCAAACCGAGUGGAAAGAGGCCAG